AUGACUCUCGCCUUCUGGAUUUCCAGGCUAUUUGAGAAGUUCCUGCCUCCGUCCUGCGGCAUCGCCGCUCGGUCGCUUUCCCCCUGCCUGUCAACCCGUCUGUUCAACAUUUCUGCUAGGCAGACAACGUUCCCAGUGACGAGCGGAGCAUCAACAAAGACCAGAGGAACGACCGCGUCGUCUUCCGACCGCGCGACCAUGAUCUCUUCCCCGGAUUCUUCUCACGUAUCUAGCCGUUGCAUCUGUGAUCUUCCUGAUGAUGGCCAGUGUAUUGCUCGAUUUCGAUCGUAGAACUAAUUAUUUCAUCCCCUUCGGGGAAAUGAUGGUGGUGGCAGAUCCGUUGGAUCAGAUCUUCCCCGGGCGAAGCCUGAUCCAAUUGCUAAACCUGAUGAAUCAGCUAAUGGACAGCCCCCUGGGGCCUGCCUCCCCCUAGGGGCUUCCAUCGAGGCUGGGACGUGCGAGAGGACGACGGCGUGUUGUACCUGCCGAUCGACAUGCCGGGGCUGACCAAGGAGCACGUGAAUGUAUCGGUGGACGAGAACAAGCUGGUGGUAAGGGGCGAAGGGCGGGAGUGGGCUGAGGAGGAAGCCGGGAGGAGAGAUACAGCAGCCGGAUAGACCUUCCGCCGGAGGUGUACCACCUGGAUAUGGUGAGGGCCGAGAUGAAGAACGGGGUGCUCAAGGUGGUUGUGCCAAAGGUUAAGGCAUACGAGCGUAAGGACGUGGUCCAAAUCCAGGUCGAGUAG